GGCUGCCCGACCGGACCAAUAACAGAGGAACACCGCUGUCACGUGGAAGCAGAGUAUGAGGCUAUCCGCUAAAACAGACGCUUUUUAAAUGAACAUUUCUGUGUGUAUCUAGCUUUAUAAAGCUUUCUCUUGAAGAGUUAACCUGUGCGACUUCAACACACCAUGGACUCGGAAGGGAUGUCGCACCAUGCAGUCAGUUCAUCAGUAGAUGUGUCUCAGAGUGUUGAGGAGGACCCUUUAGUGGACGGACCGCUGAUCUCCCAUGAUGCCCUGCAGUCUGCUAUCAGGAGAGAAUUCACGACUCUCCCCACACACUGUCCUGCUGUCCUGCUGUUGCUGCUGCAGGUGGUGUAUGUGUCUCUGAGUGUGUGUGUUGCCAUAGUGUGUGUGUUGGAGGUUGGCCGGGAGGAGUGUGUCCGUGUGCUGGGUAAUGUUCGGGGGCAGAGUGUGGUGGUGAUUGGGAAGGUGUUUGUGUGGCUGUGUGUGUUGUUGUUUGGUUUGUGUGUUCAGCAUCACCACAGCCGAGUGAGGAGCAGAGGAUACCUCCGUUUCUACAGAGACAACCGCACCCUGAAACACCUGCCCUUCCUCAUCCACUCUGCAGGGAACACGGCGGUGUUGGUGGUCAUGUCAGCUGAUCUGCCAGAGGUGGAUCAUCUUCCUGUUUAUCUGCUGCUAGGGAUUCUGGGACUGGAGCUCCUGGUGUCUCUGCCUUGUCUGAUCAUCUACACAGGUACCCCCCCCCCUCCCCCAGCCUGGUUGUAA